AUGGCUCCGUCUUCGUCCUCGUCCUCAACUCCCUCCGCCUCUGCGUCAUCCUCCCUCCAGCGCCUCAACAGCAUUGCAAACCACAUCUCGCCCGCCAUGGCUUCCGCGACGAGCUUCCCCGCCGACACCGUCCCCCAGGCCCCUGAAGAUGCCCUCUUUGGCCUCGCCCGCGCCUACAAGGCCGACACGAGCCCGCAAAAGGUCGACCUGGGCAUCGGAGCUUACCGCGACAACAAUGGGAAGCCUUGGGUUCUGCCCGUCGUCAAGAAGGCCGACGACAUUCUCCGAAGCAACCCCGAACUGAACCACGAAUAUGCUCCGAUCGCCGGCUUCCCCGAGUUCACCUCCAAGGCCGCCGAGCUGAUACUCGGCGCCGACUCGCCGGCCCUGCGCGAGAAGCGCGCCACGUCGAUGCAGACCAUCUCGGGCACGGGAGCCGUCCACCUCGGCGCCCUCUUCCUCGCCAAGUUCUACAAGGGCAACCGCGUCGUCUACCUGUCCAACCCCACCUGGGCCAACCACAAGCAGAUCUUUGGCAAUGUCGGCCUCCAGACGGCCGACUACCCCUACUUCUCCAAGAAGUCCAACGGCCUCGACUUUGAGGGCAUGAAGGCCGCCAUCCAGGCCGCCCCGGACCGCUCCGUCAUCCUGCUGCACCCCUGCGCCCACAACCCCACGGGCGUCGACCCGACCCUGGACCAGUGGAAGGAGCUCGCCGCCAUCAUGGCCCAGAAGAAGCACUUCCCCUUCUUCGACUGCGCCUACCAGGGCUUCGCCUCGGGCGACCUCGCCCGCGACGCCGCCGCCGUGCGCUACUUCAUCGAGCAGGGCUUCGAGCUCGUCGUCUGCCAGAGCUUCGCCAAGAACUUUGGCCUGUACGGCGAGCGCGCCGGCUGCUUCCACGUCGUCACCGGCCCCGGCUCCGACGCCCCGGCCACCAUCGGCCGCAUCGCCUCGCAGCUCGCCAUCCUGCAGCGCUCCGAGAUCUCCAACCCCCCGCUCUACGGCGCCCGCAUCGCCAGCACCGUCCUCAACGACCCCCAGCUCUUCGCCGAGUGGGAGGACAACCUGCGCACCAUGUCGGGCCGCAUCAUCACCAUGCGCAAGGAGCUGCGCUCCAGGCUCGAGGCCCUCGGCACCCCCGGCACCUGGAACCACAUCACCGACCAGAUCGGCAUGUUCAGCUUCACCGGCCUGACGGAGACGCAGGUCCAGAAGCUGCGCGAGGAGUACCACAUCUACAUGACCAAGAACGGGCGCAUCAGCAUGGCCGGCCUCAACACCAACAACAUUGACCACGUGGCCAAUGCCAUCCGGAAAGUCGUCGGCGAGACUCAGUAA